AUGGCUACACUCCAAAAUUAUGUAAAGUAUCCAUAUUUUCCUCCUACACAACCUCAUAAUUUGCCAUGCCCACCGAUAGUACCACCGCCAUCUCCUCCGAAAGUUGCACCACCACCACCCCACCACGUCUCUCCUCCGCCACCUCCACCACAUAUUGUUCCCCCUCCACCCCAUCCGGUCAUUCCACCACCACCACCCCACCCCGUCUCUCCACCGCCGCCACCACCACAUAUUGUUCCCCCUCCACCCCAUCCGGUCUUUCCACCACCACCACAUAUUGUUCCAUCUCCACCCCAUCCCUACUCUCCACCACCCCCACCACCCACUCCAGGACACCAUACUGUCAUCAUCUUCGUUUUCGUCUCACUUGGUGGAUUAUUCUUCCUUGCAUUUCUCUCAGUUGCCCUUUUCUGCUUCCUUAAAAAGAGAAAGAGGAGAAUCAUUCAGGAAACAGAUAAAGUGAGAAUUGACGAACAUGUAAGAGUCCAUGAAGAUAUUGUUCCUGGUCCACAUGGAACAAAAAAUGUUAUCCUUACCAUUGACGACGAUGUGGACAUCGAAGAAGAAAUCAAGAAGAACGAGGUAGUCGGGAAAAGUUCAAACAUGAAAUCAGCUGGAAAACCAUCCUCAAGCUCUAGACGUGGUAGCAACUACAUCUGA